UAGGAAUAUUUAUCUUUAAUAUUGGCAACACUUUUUUCAGAUAUUAUUCAUUAACCAAAAAAGAAGCAAAAACGUAGCAUAUUUCACAGCUUGCAAAUUAAGGCAUCAUGCAACAUUUUUGGGUUACAAAAAAAACCGUCCAGAGAAAGUUAGGAACCAAGGAGGAUGAGUAUAUUAUCUCUUCUGACGCAGAGCUAGACGCAAAAAUUGAAAUUUUUAAGUCUAUUGCGGAGACGAGCAGCGAACUAAGUAAGAUAAUCGAGCAAUAUCAAGAACGAUUAUGUAUACUCUCUCAGGAAGAAUCUCUUUUCGGAAGAUUUUUGAAAGAAGCAGGCAAAAGGAGUAAGACAACUAGUCAAAGUAUAACAAAUACCGGAAAAUCAGUAUCAUAUUGUGGUCAGCAGAGGAUGUGCAUAAGAGUACCCCUAUUAAGGUUGCAGCAUGAAGUAGAUAUAUUUCGAAAUCGCGCAAUUAUCGACACUCAAUCUACUAUAUCUAAUAUGGAAAAAGAACGUACUGAGUAUAGAGCAGCUUUGGAGUGGAUGAAAUCAGCGAGUGCGGAAUUAGAUCCCGAUACAGGAAGAGGCGUAGACAAAUUUAGGACAGCCCAGGCCCAUGUACGUGCAGCUAAGCAAAAUUUUGACACUCUGUCCAUGGAUUCAAUUCAAAAGAUCGAUCUUUUGGCUGCUGCGAGGUGUAAUAUGUUUUCACAUGUGCUAGUAUCAUAUAUAACUGAAUUAAAGCAAUUUGGUUUGAAGUCAAGUGCUACUUAUGACACAAUAUCUAAGGCUCUUGAACAAAAACCAAAAUAUGACUUUUGCAUUCUUAAAGAAUUAACACAAUAUGAAGAAGUCUCAGAUCACAUAAAAGACAUUUCCUCAUUUGAUAAUGACCAAACAUUAUUUUUUGCUUCCGAUUAUGCAGAUUUAAACACCGAAGAGAGCAUUCCCAAAAAAUUGGAUAUUCAAAAGGGCACGAAUGCCAAUGAACAAAACCACACUCCCUUAAUUGAACUCAGCAAUAAUGAUAGACUUCUGGAUUUAUGCGGCAUUGAAAACAACUUUAGCUCACAACUUUGCGAUGACAACAAAGCAACCGAUCAGAAACAAAUAAAUUCAUUAGGACAAAAUGCUAGGAGCUCAAAAAUAUCUAUGGCACAUAAACUUAAAAAAAAACAAGUGGACACAAAAACUAAUAUUUCUCAGAUGGGUCCGUCGAAUAUGGGCAACCCUGUACAUAUUUUUAUGAGAUAUAUGAGCCAUCGUAUUUUUAAUCGUUCGCGAUCGAUACAAAAAAAAAACUUUAUUUUAUGUUGUACAUUCAUUCGCCGUGUGCGUUCAUAUUUUUUUGAACAGUCCGAUUAUGCAGAUUUAAACACCGAAGAGAGCAUUCCCAAAAAAUUGGAUAUUCAAAAGGGCACGAAUGCCAAUGAACAAAACCACACUCCCUUAAUUGAACUCAGCAAUAAUGAUAGACUUCUGGAUUUAUGCGGCAUUGAAAACAACUUUAGCUCACAACUUUGCGAUGACAACAAAGCAACCGAUCAGAAACAAAUAAAUUCAUUAGGACAAAAUGCUAGGAGCUCAAAAAUAUCUAUGGCACAUAAACUUAAAAAAAAACAAGUGGACACAAAAACUAAUAUUUCUGUAUCAGAUAAUUUAAACUCUACAAAAAGCGCAAAACAAAAAACAUGGAUUGAGCUGUUUGCCGACCUGGAUCCACUAUGCAACCUGGAAGUAUUCGAUCUUAAAAUAAAUGGAAAUUUAAAGAGUUCACAACAAACAUAAAGUUGAUCACAGUGCAGUUUUACAUCACCAACAGGAUUAGUAAUGGACCAUAUAUUAAAUAAAUAAUAUCUUAAAUGACAAAAAUAA